AAAAAUCUGCUCCUCUCCCUUACUCCAUGGCCCCUGGUUUUGGCUUUCCUCUCCCUCUCACCCUCUUUGGUAUAUAUACUCAACCGUAUUUCUGUACCUUCUCACCGCCCUCUUUCUCAUCCUUAUCUCAGAUCUCUGCGCCACUUCCAAAUAUUAGGCGACAACCUCGAGAAUUACCACUUCAGACGCGCGAAUCCCUAUGACGGCGUUGGCGUCGCCGGGAGGGAUGUUGGAUCCGGCAGGGGAUGCCGAAGCCUCUUCCGUGAGGCACGUCAGCAUUGGUGUCGGCAAAGGCGGUAUACGGAAGAAGAGAUGCAGGAACACCAAAGCUGCAAAGAGGCCUUGUGAUGUGAAGAGGAUGAUGGUUCCUGAAAGUUUGCAGCUGCAGCGGAUGUUUCUGAUGUGCCGCGAAGUGUUCAAAGGCCCCGGCACCGUCCCUUCAGAUAUUGAUGUGAAGAGGCUCUGCCGGAUUCUAGAUGAAAUGAUGCCAGAAGAUGUCGGACUCAGUAGCAAUCUUCAAUUCUUUAAUCCCAAAGGUGCGAUGGAAGGUAAUCCAAGAGUUACAAACACAACAAUCUACAAGGGAAACAACUUUUCGUUGUGCAUUUUCUUUCUUCCCUCAACUUCCGUCAUACCUUUGCACAAUCAUCCGGGAAUGACCGUUUUCAGCAAGCUUCUACUGGGCCGUAUGCACAUUAAAGCAUAUGACUGGGCUGAUGUGCCUUCUGCAGCUUUAGGGGAUUCAAAUAAAGAUGGACACACAAUGAGACUGGCACGAUUGAAAGCAAAUAAAACGUUCACACCCCAAUGCAACACCUCUGUCUUGUAUCCUACAUCUGGAGGAAACAUUCAUGAAUUUCGAGCAAUCACCCCAUGUGCGGUUCUUGAUGUGCUUGGCCCGCCAUAUUCCAAAGACGAUGGGCGUGAUUGUUCAUAUUACAAGGACAUUCCGUAUGAUGCUUUACCAAGGGCAGAUGGAAAAGUUGCAAAGGCAGAAGAAAGUGACUUGUACGGAUGGUUGGAGGAGGUUGAAAUACCAGAGGAGUCAAAAAUGGAUGUCAUCCAGUACUUGGGCCCACAGGUUAUAUAGAGUGGAAAAUAGAAAUUCUCCCAAGUAGUUUUUUCGUCUUUGUGAAGUAGGUUCUCUUUUUUUUGUUACAUCGCUGAUAAUGCUUUUAUAUAUUUUCUUCUUUCGAGAUACAAUUAUGUAGUGUAUCAAGUAGAGUUUUAAAUUUUCAUUAUUGUUGUAUAGAAAUAUUUUGAAAUGUAUAAAAAAAAGUUGAGAUGUAAAU